AUGGAAAUUAACAACGGCACGCACAAUAUGUUGAAGACGGCGUGCUGUUCCUUCAGUGGCAUGAGCCACUCACGCCUUAUCAGAACGAUAUUUUUGGGACACGAUGAUAGGUAUGAAGGAGGCAUAGUUCAGACUCCGGACCACACUUCAGCAUUUGAUCUUAUCAAGGAGGAUGCAGUAUAUUGUUACGGUUCACAGGAUCGUAUGUGA